CAUCGUAGCACCUCCGUUGCAGUGCUCUUUAGAUUAGAUCCUUUAUCUUCCAAAUCUAAGCAUCCUAACCUCUGAAGAAGUGUACGCAGCACGCCACCGGAACCCGCACACAGAUUAGCGUAUACAUUGCUCAAAAAGCGACCCAACAUCUUUCUCCUGCUGUCUUUUUCCAGCAACAGCUUCAUUUCGGAGUUUCGUCGAACACCUCUCCUGCAAUCUGGCUCAGCUCCCUUGCUGCUCAAUUUGAGAAACCCUAAUCUCCCCUCCCGAAAUUCGAAAAUGGCGUACGUGGACCACGCCUUCUCGAUCACGGACGAGGACAUUAUGAUGGGUACUUCGUACACCGUCAACAAUCGGCCUCCUAUUAAGGAGAUCGCGCUCGCCGUGGCACUUCUCGUCUUCGGCACUCUUGGCAUCGUUCUCGGCAUUUUCAUGGCCUACAACCGUGUCGGCGGUGACCGAGCUCACGGAUCAUUCUUUGCGAUUCUUGGAGCGAUCUUGUUUAUUCCGGGCUUUUACUACACGCGGAUUGCUUACUAUGCUUACAAAGGUUACAAAGGCUUCUCUUUCUCCAACAUUCCGCCAGUUUAGCCCAUCUUCGUAUUUCCCUCACCGACAUUGUGGGGCUGAGUCCAUAUUCGGGUAAUGUUGAGCUUAUUACAGACUAUUAUGAAGCUGGACUUGGAUCGAUUCAAUUUUAUCUCAGGUCUAGCUGUUGUUUGAGAAAAGCUUGUAGACAUUAGCUUUGUUAGUGUACUACUACGGUAACUUGAACGGGGAAAGUCAACUUCAAUUGAGUUCUAGGAAAAGUUUCUCGUUUCACUCAUUUAAGAAAAGAAAAAGAAAAAAUGGCAAAUGUUGCCCCUUUACGAGUAGGUUAUGUGAUUAGGUCCAUAGUUUGAUAUUUAUUUUUGAUUUUGGAUCAGUGCUGUUGGAUUUUAGGCCUCAAAAAUUGUAAAGUUUAGUAUAAGGAUAUCUGAACUUAUGCUUGGUGAGUUGGUGUCAUUGACGUGAUUGCAGUACAUAUUCAUGUAUAUGUAUGAUGUUCGUUCCUUUGUAUUACCUCUCUAAGAACUAUACCAAAGACCUUUUUUUUCUUCAACUCGUAUUAUGUAUUUCUCUC